AUGUCUGCCCCAUUAGAUUCUUCCAAGUUGGAAAUCACCAAAACCUCUAACCCAAAAGAGCCCUUACCAAACUCGGAAUUGAAAUUUGGUCAAUCAUUCACCGAUCACAUUUUGGAAAUUGACUGGUCUGCCGAUUAUGGAUGGCACAUACCCACCAUCAAGCCAUACCACCAUUUUGCCAUGGACCCAGCUACUUGUGUAUUGCACUACUCAUUUGAAUUGUUUGAAGGGUUGAAGGCAUACCGUGAUUCCAAGGGACAAAUCAGGACAUUUAGACCAGACAAAAACAUGGAGAGAAUGAAUAGAUCAGCCAAGAGAGCCGCAUUGCCCACUUUUGAUGGCGAAGAGUUUUUGAAGUUGGUUGACAAGUUUUUGCUUUUGGAAGAAAAGUUUGUGCCCCAGGGUAAAGGGUAUUCCUUGUACUUGAGACCAACUUUAAUUGGUACAUCCGUAGGCUUGGGUGUAACCGCACCAACCAAGGCCAAGUUGUUUCUUAUUGCAUCACCAGUCGGACCAUAUUUUGGAUCUGGAUUCAAGCCAGUGUCGUUAGAAGCUACUGAUUAUGCCGUUCGUGCAUGGCCCAAAGGUGUUGGUGCCUACAAAUUGGGUGCCAAUUACGUCUCCUGUAUUGAACCACAAACUGAAGCUGCCAAAAGAGGACAUUCCCAAAACUUGUGGUUGUUUGGAGAAGAUGGCGAAAUCACCGAGGUUGGAGCCAUGAAUGUAUUCUUUGCAUUCAAGACUGAUGAUGGGAAAUCGGAAUUGGUUACUCCGCCAUUGGCAGGUAUGAUUUUACCUGGUGUCACUCGUGAUUCGACUUUGGAGUUGGCUAGAGAGAAGUUGGCUGGUUCGGGUGACUGGAUCGUUAGUGAACGUAAAUUGACCAUACAUGAAGUUAAGGAAAAGGCUCAAAAGGGACAAUUGAUUGAAGCGUUUGGUACUGGAACUGCUGCGAUUGUUGCUCCAAUCAACAAUAUUGAGUACCAAGGUGAAGCCAUUACUGUGCCUACUGUUGCUGGUGGAAGUGGUGAGGUUACUGCUAAAGUUUGUGAAUGGAUUCAAAAUAUUCAAUAUGGUGAUGAAGAGUUUAAGAAUUGGUCUAGAGUAGCAAAGUAA